UAGAGACACACAGAGACACAACCACACAGAGCUUGCGAGAAGCUCCCAGCCAUUCGGAGGCGGGCGAGCGAGCGAGAAGCAAGUAGGCAUUGGCGGAGAGACCGGGAUCGCGAAAGCAUCACCAACCAGAGGUGGUCUUUUAUACCUAUUUCUCCCAAAUCACCCCAGUCUGAAAAAAGAGGGGGAAAAGAGAGCAUUUAAAAAGAAGAAGAAGAGGAAGAAAAGAGGGAAAGAGAAAAAGAGAGAGAGAGAGAGAGAGAAAAGAAAGAGCAGACAGAGAAACAAACAAACAAACAAACAAAAAAAGAUUGAGAGAGAUAAGAGGCGGGUUAAGCUCAGAUCUCCAACCUUAACCCACCCGUCAAUCUCGAAAACGAAAGGAAGAUGCUAUUUGGCACCUGAGGGUUUGUCUCGUUUCGCGCAGCCCAGAAACCGCGCAGAAAUCGAUGCCCUGCUUGGGAUUAAAGGAGGGACCGUCGCAUCAUCGUGGGAAGAAAACUCUAGCUUCGUUCCUCCCUUCCUCCCAAAAAGCGCUGCCCAAAACCGAGAGGCGCUUGGACAGAAUCCCUCUCUCCCCCUCCAAACCGAGGAAGAGCCAACAGGAACGAGAAGGGCAAGAGAGCAGAUUAUCUCAAAGGAUUUGGUUUUGAGUUAACACAUCAUUCUUCCUUCAACAAAUCACACCCUUUAAGGACUAUUUUGCUGUAACUGGAUUCAUCCAAAGGUACUUGUCCACAGAGUUGAAACCAACAAGUAGGUUGGGUUUUUAAUGAAGGAACCCUACGGCUGUUAACCACUACCCAAACGGGGAUUGAGGAUCUUCGAAGCCACGCCAUGCCAUCAUCAUGGAAAUUCAUGGUGCUUCUUUCACUCACUACCUACCUGUCAGAAUGCUCUGCAGCUAUUCCAGGGAUCCAUGCCACAUACGCUGCUCUUUUAAGACUCAGAUCCGCCAGUUCAUCUUACUCCUCCUCUGCCAUUAACUCAAAGAACAGGCAACGACCAAGUUACCCUGCCAUGGGAAGCAUCUCCUCUCCAGAUUGGCAUGGGUCAUCGCAGCCCUAUUACCCACCAACAAACCCCGAGCCAUUCUCAGAGGCCUUCAAACAAGAGGAGGGUGUCGAUUAUGGGCCGAUGUUUAUUCAAGAACCUGACCAUGUGAUCUUCCCCAUGGAUUCAGAGGAGAAGAAAGUGUCUCUCGGUUGUCAAGCCAGAGGAAAUCCUGCCCCAACCUACAGGUGGCUCCAGAAUGGAACUGAAUUAGACAUAGAAAGUGAUUACCGCUACAGUGUAAUAGAAGGAAGCCUUAUUAUCAACAAUCCCAGUGAAUUAAAAGAUGCUGGACAGUACCAGUGUUUUACCACCAAUGUCUAUGGUAGCAUUUUGAGCAGGGAAGCAUCACUUCAAUUUGCAUAUCUGGGGAAUUUCAGCGGACGAACAAGAAGUGCUGUCUCGGUGAGAGAAGGUCAAGGUGUGGUACUAAUAUGCUCUCCUCCACUUCACUCACCAGAGAUCAUCUACAGCUGGGUAUUUAACGCGUUCCCCUCCUUUGUGGCAGAAGACAGCAGGCGUUUCAUCUCCCAGGAAACAGGCAACCUCUAUAUAUCCAAGGUGCAACCAUCAGACGUUGGGAGUUAUAUCUGCCUCGUGAAGAACACAGUGACAAACGCCAGGGUCCUUAGUCCUCCAACUCCAUUAACACUUCGAACUGAUGGAGUGAUGGGGGAAUAUGAACCAAAAAUUGAGAUCCAUUUUCCAUUCACAGUUACUGCUGCUAAGGGAUCCACUGUUAGGAUGGAAUGCUUUGCACUGGGCAACCCAGUUCCAACAAUCUCGUGGAGGAAAGUUAAUGGACCCAAUCCGAGCAAAGCCCGCCUGAGGAAAUCCCAAGCAGUGCUCGAAAUCCCAAACGUGCAACUGGAAGAUGCAGGGACAUAUGAAUGCAAAGCUGAGAACUCCCGGGGAAGGAAUGUCUUCCGAGGACAGUUGCAAGUAUACACAUAUCCACACUGGACAGAGAGGCUGAACGAUACCCAGUUAGACAGUGGGGAUCAACUGCGGUGGGAGUGUAGAGCUUCUGGAAAGCCGAGGCCAACUUAUCGCUGGCUGAAAAAUGGGAAUACUCUACGGCCAGAGAGCAGGAUUGAGAUGGUUAAUGGUGUACUGAUGAUCCACAGUGUUAAUCAGUCAGAUGCUGGAAUGUAUCAGUGCGUAGCGGAAAACAAGCAUGGAGCCAUCUAUGCCAGUGCUGAACUGAAGAUUUUAGCUUCUGCUCCAACUUUUCCCCUGAGUCAACUGAAGAAGACCAUUAUUAUUACCAAAGGCCAAGAAGUCACUGUGGACUGCAAACCACAAGCUUCUCCCAAACCAACCAUUGGGUGGAAGAAAGGAGAAAAAAAACUUCGCCUGAAUCGGGAGGUAAGUGUUCUUCCAGAUGGAAGUCUGCAAAUUCUGAAUGCCUCCAAAUCUGAUGAGGGGAAAUACGUAUGCCGAGGAGAAAAUAUAUUUGGUUCAGCAGAAAUUACAGCUUCAGUAUUUGUGAAAGAGCCUACCAGGAUAGACCUGUCCCCCAAGAGAACUGAGCUCACGGUGGGAGAAAGCAUUGUCCUCAGCUGCAAAGCUUUCCAUGACCCAACUUUAGAUGUCAUCUUUCACUGGAGUCUGAAUGGGCAGCCCAUCGAUUUUGAAAAAGAAGGUGGACAUUUUGAAAGCAUCAGGGCGCAAGCAUCUUCUGCGGAUUUAAUGAUCAGGAACAUCCUUCUGAUGCAUGCUGGAAGAUAUGGCUGCAGGGUGCAAUCUACAGCAGAUAGUAUAUCAGAUGAGGCAGAACUUCUUGUUAGGGGUCCACCUGGCCCUCCUGGGGUUGUCAUUGUUGAAGAAAUCACAGAGGUCACUGCAACUCUUUCGUGGACUCCUGGAGCAGACAACCACAGCCCUAUCACGUCUUACAACUUGCAAGCGCGAAGUCCGUUUUCACUUGGCUGGCAGACUCUGAAAACAGUUCCUGAACACAUAGGGGGUGACCUGGAAUCUGCAACGGCAAUUGAACUGAACCCAUGGGUAGAGUAUGAAUUUAGAGUUGUAGCAACUAACAAAAUUGGAACAGGAGAUCCAAGCACACCAUCUAAAGUGAUCCGAACCAAAGAAGCAGUGCCAAAGAUGGCUCCUGCUAAUGUCAGUGGCAGAAGUGGAAGACGACAUGAAUUAGUAAUAGCCUGGGAGCCAGUCUCCGAAGAAUUUCAGAAUGGGGAAAGCUUUGGAUACAUCGUGGCUUUCCGACCGAAUGGGACAAGAGGCUGGAAAGAAAAAAUGGUGACAUCUUCAGAUGCCUCCAAGUUCAUCUACAGAGAUGAAAGCGUGCCUCCCUUGACUCCAUUUGAGGUGAAAGUUGGAGCGUAUAACAACAAAGGCGAUGGACCGUUCAGCCCAAUUGUUGUGAUCAGUUCUGCUGAGGGAGAACCGAGUGCUGCUCCUACUGAUGUCAAGGCUACAGGACUGUCUGUAUCAGAGAUUCUUGUUGCGUGGAGUCACAACAAGGACAGCCUAGGAAGACCUCAGGGGUUUGAGGUUGGCUACUGGAAAGAUAUGGAACAAGAAGAAGCGGCAGAGAAGGCCAGGUCAGAAGGGAAUGAGUCCUCUGUCAUUCUCACAGGGCUAGAAGGCUACACCCUGUACCACCUGAGAGUGAAGGCAUACAACUCGGCAGGCUAUGGACCACCAAGCAACAUUGUCCAUGUGGCCACUAAGAAAUCUCCACCUAGUCAAGCACCAAACAUUAUGUGGGUUCAAGAUGGUGCCCAUGUUUCCCUUGGAUGGGAGCCUGUAAAACCUUUAGCUAAUGAGUCAGACGUCAUGGGAUACAAGGUCUUGUUUAGGCAAGAAGGACACAGCAAUAGCCAAGUAAUUGAAACACAGAAAACAUCUGCAGUGGUGCUUCUCCCUGACGUGGGUGUCUAUAUCAUUGAAGUCUGUGCAGUGAGUGAAGGAGGAGAUGGUACCCCAAGCAGCCAAAUCAGGAUACCAUCUUUUUCAGGUGGAAAAGUCACCAAUUCUCAAUCCAGGUUAAAUGCUUUUACCACUUCUUCAUCAACUGUAACAUUUCUAUUGGUGUUGAUGGUCCCUUCAACGUCAUGGUGAAGAUAGAAGACUUUUCUCAUUUCUCUGGUUGCUUUAGCGUGAUAAUACCAACGGAUGGAGUUCUACAACCAGGGAGAAAGCAAAGGAAUCUCAAAGGUGCUUUUUCAAAAGGCAACUGGGCUGAGUUUUUGUUUUUUUUCCUGAGGAAGAAGAAAAAGACAUUUCGCUUCUCAUCCAAGAAGCUUCAUCGGUUCUUGGAUGAGAAGCCAAACAUCUUCUUUUUCUUCCUCAGGGGAAAAAAAAUAGUCCACUUUUUUUUGAAAAAGCAUCUUUGAGACAACGAUGACCUGGAGGACUGAAAAUCUCCUCAGACCUAUCAAAGGAAUGUUUCAGAAAUGCAUCUACUGCAUCCGGAAGAAUAUUGAAGGAAAUAACACAAAAAUAAUCCACCAGGUGUCUUCUCUUUGGUUUCCAUAAAUGUUGUCUUUGGGGAGGGAGGGGGGUGUUUUUGCCCGAUAGAAAAUAUGCAGAUUCUUUGAUAUAAACUUUUGUAAACAAAUAAGAAUUACGUCCAAUUUUAUUUACCUUUUUAAUUGUUUGUAUAUUAGCUAGCAUCAAAUCUUAUACCCUUAGUAAAUUAAAUGACUGGAACAGUGCAUCCAUUUUGUUUGCACUCUUAAGGGUUUUAACAAUUUUAAGAAGAAGAAAAAUAUAUAAAUAUUUGGAUUCUAGCGAAUUAUCCCUCCCCUUCUCAGAAGGCUGAGUUUUGUUUUAAUUUUUUUACUUAUCAAGAGAAAAAUGCCAUGAUGUGACCUGGUUUCAAAAAUGACCGUAGCUAAUGUUGCCUUUAAGGGGGGGAAAAAUCAUAUAAUUAUGAUCUUUGGUAUGGUGUGGUAUUUUUUCUUCUGUUUUCUUCUCCGUUUGUAUUCUCCAUGCACAUCAUAAACCACUUUUCCAGAUCCAUGUAAACCGGAAGCCUAUUGAACUGAGACUAAAACUGAGGCCUCUCAUUUUGUAUUAGAUAUUGUCCACUAACAAUAAGGGAGGGGAAAAAAUGGCUUAUUUUUAAUAGCAUAACUAUACAUGAUAGGGCGCGCAGGUGAUCCUGAAAUCAUUGUUGGACACUGAAUCCGAGUCUUCGGCCAUUGCUAACUGCAAGUAUGAAAUUAAUGAAGAGAGACAAAGCUGUCUUCCCCAAACAGCUUUCUGUCUUUAGACCUUUAUUUUUGUAGUUCCUUUUGUAUGGUACUGUACUGUCUAUAUUUGGUGAUUUAGCAAAAUGGUAUCAAUAAGCAUUUCAAGAUUGGAACGAUGUGGUGUUGCCUAGAUUGUCCUUAAUAAUGAACCAAGGACAUUUUUUUUUUAAAUGUCCAAAAAUGAAAAGGAAUAUGGUUGGGCAAAUGCUUUUAAGGUUCUCAGGCUUAAGAGUCAAAGCCUUUAACCUUUCCAUAUCCAAGGUCUAGCGUCAAAACAGCCUGUAGUGUUGGAUCAAUUUUUAAUUCUUAUCAUCAUCAUCAUCAUCUCCUCCUCCUCUUCCUUUUUCUCUUCUUCUCCUCCUCCUCUUCCUCCUCCUCCUCUCUUCCUUCUCUUCCUCUUCCUCCUCUUUCUUUUCUCCUCCUCCUCUUCUUCCAUCUCUUCCUCCUCCUUCUCCUGCUCCUCUUUCUCUUCCUCCUCCUCCUUUCUCUUUCUCUUUUCCUUCUCCUUCUCUUCCUCCUCCUCCUCCUUUCUCUUCUCCUCCUCCUCCUCUUCCUUCUCCUCCUUCUCUUCCUCCUCUUCCUUCUCUUCCUCCUCCUCCUCCUCCUCUGCCACCAUUGCCACUGCCUUCUCCCCAUGUCCCUAUGCAUGUUACUUUCUCAUAUGCAAAAUACUUCUGUACCAAGGCAUUCUAUCACAGUAGGGCUGAAAAGGGCUCAUGAGAAGAUGGAUAGUGCCAGAGAAUUUGAAUAAAAUGAAUACUAAUAUAAAGCUUCCCUGCACAUACUUAUGCGAUCUAGAAGUAGCUUCAUUAUGCUUUCUUUUUUUUCCAGAACAUGUACUGUAAUGGAACUUUACAUUAUAUUCAAGAGAAACUGUCUUUUUCUCAACCACAACCCAAAUAUUUGCACCCUGAGUUGUUUUUUUAUAUAUAUAUUAGUGGUCUUCCCGUCCUUUGCUCCCUAUUAUCUUCAACCAUCCUAUUUCAAGAGACAGAGUGGGACAAGAUGAGAUUUUUUUUAAAAAGCCCUAUGGUGUUAAAUUAGUAAAAGAAAUUUACUUUAGGAGAGAAAUAUUUUCCCAAUGCAGGUUGUGGAAAAUGCCGACAAGCACACAGAGAAUUGGCUUUGCAUAACCAAUAAUUUGUAUUGACAGCACAUUCCACUCUUACUAGAAUUUGCUUUUGAAUAAAGAAUAAUAGAGUUGGAAGGGACUUUGGGUGACUUUUAGUCUAAACUCUGCUCAAGCAAGAGACCUGUACAUGGUUGUUUGGUCAUAAAAACUUCCAGUGAUGGAGUACCCUCCACUUCUGGAGGCAAGCCAUUCCACUGAUGAAUUGUUCUCACUGCCAGAAAAUUUCUCCUUAGUUCUAGCUUGGUUUUCUCCUGGGAUAACUUUCCACCUGUUACUUCUUAUCCUGCCCUCAAGUGCUUAAGGUAGGAAGUAGACCGCCUUGUUUCUGUGACAACCUCUCAAAUAUUGGAAGACUCACCCCUAAUCUUUCUCUUUGAUAGAUGAGACAGUUCUCACAACUGUUUAACACCCCCAGUCCCUUAAUCUUCUUUGUCGCUCUUUUCUGCACUCUUUCUAGAGUCUCAACAUCUUUUCUGUAUCGUGGUGAUCAAAAUUGGACACAGUACUCCAAGUGUGGUCUUACCAGUGAUGUGAUCCAGUGGUGGGUUCCUCCCGGUUCGGCCCAGUUCGGCCGAGCCGGUAGCGGUGACAAUAUGACGUCACCAAACCAGUUCUCUUUGUUCGGGAGCUGCCCCCCCAUCCUCCCGCCUGCAUUAUUCUUACCUUUUAUUUAGCCCCACCCCCAAUCUAUUGCUGCCUCCCGAGUCCCAACUGAUCGGCUAGAAGAAAAAAAAUUGUUUAAAUUCUUGCCGCAGGGCUUCAAAGGGCCGCCCUACAGAUGAUCAGUGUUAAAAGGCAGUGUGGUGGUAGACCAGUGCCUCCAAAAACAAAUGAGUAGACCGGUACAGCUCUGCAAGCAGUUAAAAGCCUAGUAGACCAGUACCUCUGCUAAAUCCUAAAGAAUUGUCACAUGACCAUCAAGCCACACCCACAAAAUAAGCCAUGCCCACAGAACCGGUAGUAAAAAAAUUUAGAACCCACCCCUGAUCUCAACAUCUUUUUUGUGUCAUGGUGAUCAAAAUUGGACACAAUACUCCAAGGGUGGUCUUACCAGUGAUGUGAUCUUGAUACUAUCGCUCUUUUGAUGCAGCGUAGGACUGCACUGGCUUUUUUUUGGCAGCUGCAGCACAUUGUUGGCUCAUACUUAAGUAGUUGUCCAUACCAAAAUCCCUCUCACCAUUACUGCUGUUGAGCCAGUUGUUGCUUUAAAAAUACAAAAGGAUAAAUAUCAUCAAAGUAUACCAGAAGCUUACCACUCCUACAAUGAAAAUUAGAUUUUCAUUCAGAGCCUUUCAAAACUGUCAGAUGGGAUUGGUGGAUGACAAAUCCAGAAGUCAGUAUGUUAUACUAGACCUCUGAUGAGGUUAUUAGACAAUCCUUAUUGCAUCCUUCCCAACAUGUAGUGGUCACUUAACCAUUACCAAUAAGAGAAGAUGGGUACUCGCAGAGGUGGUAUUCAGCAGAUUCUUACCAGUUCUGGAGAACCGGUAGCGGAAAAGUAGUUCGGAGAACUGGUAAAUACCACCUCUGACUGGCCCUGCCCCAUCUAUUUACUGCUUCCUGAGUCCCAGCUGAUCGGGAGGAAAUGGGGAUUUUGCACUAAUCUUCCCCUGUCAUGCCCACCAAGCCAUGCCACACCUACCAAGCUUCACCCACAGAACCGGUAGUAAAAAAAAUUGAAACCCAGCACUGGUACUCGGGGUUGGACUUUGGAGUACUUGGUGCUCUCUGAAUUUGGUUGUUUGUUUGCUUGCAUUACCCAACUAGGUAUCAUAGCCAGUGCCUUACUUAAACAUAACCAUCAUACCAGGGUUAUGUUGGUAACAUAUACAUGAUUUAACUCUACAUACCAUAACAUUUACAUGGAGAUGCACAUAGAGUGAUCAAUUCCAUUAUUUGAUUGGAAAUUACAAAAUAUAGUGGGGAAGCCUGUGACCACUAUAUCUAUAUACCUCCUCAAUUUUGCUGCUAAUUGUUGGAUUUACAGCUACAGCUUUCCGUUUUUCUUAGUGUUUAGCAGUAAAGCUCCCCUGUAUUAGAUAGCUUUUUAAUUAAAAGUUGGUCUUAGAAGAGUGUUUUGAAAAUAGGGUGAACAGUCAUCGCUAGCAGUAUUCAGCAGCAAAUGGAAGAGCUAUCAAUAUCAAGACAUAAAAUAGAAUGGAAUAACAGAGUUGGAAGGGACCUUGGAGGUCUUCUAGUCCAACCCCCUGGUACCAUUUCUAUAGUAUAGUACCCUAUAAUACCAUUUCAGACAAAUGGUUAUCCAAUCUCUUCUUAAGAACUUCCAGUGUUGGAGCAUUUACAACUUCUGGAGGCAAAUUUAAUUGUUCUGUCAGGAAAUUUCUCCUAAAUUCUAAGUUGCUUCUCUCCUUGAUUAGUUUCCACCCACUGCUUCUUGUCCUGCCCUCAGGUGCUUUGGAGAAAUAGCUUGCCUCCCUCUUCUUUGUGGCAGCCCCUGAAAUAUUGGAAUACUGCUAUCAUGUCACUCACUAGUCCUUCUUUUCAUCAAACUAGACACACCUAAUUCCAGCAAUCAUUGUUUAUAUGUUUUAGCCUCCAGUCCCCUAAAACGUUAUUCCUCUUUAGCUCAAAAGAUUUCAUUACUGUCAGCAUAACGACUUUAUCACAUAUGAGUUUGUGGAGGGUUUUUUCCCCCAAAUAAUAUUUUUAAAAAAACCCUGAACUUGCCAGUAACUUAAUUCAUUUUAGACAAUGAACGUGAAUUCAGAAGGAGGGUUCUUUAGAUGAAAAUGUGUCAUCAAAUCCAGAUGAAAACUGGAGCUGUUGAAAUCAAUGGUAUUUAAGUUAAACAAGAGUAACUAAGUCCCAUUGACUUCUAGUGUUUGACUCUAGAUCACGGAUGUCAAGCUCACUACGUCAUGUUGAUGUCACAUGAUGUAUCAUGACAUUUUUUUUUGCUUUUGCAGAUCUGGGGUGGGCAUGGCCUGCAUGUGACACAUCUGGGUUGCGGGCCACCAGUUUGACACUCCUGCGAUCUUAAAAGGUGUUCUGACUUAGGCUUCCCAAGAGCAUGAAGCAGACUCCUUGUCCUGACAAAAACCCCUUUUUAUUUAGUUACUGUGAAUUCCUCUCAUUCACAUCCAGCAAAGUCUUUCAAGGGAGAAUUUAGAGUCACAGACCUUAUCUGGCUUGGAGAGCUGCCAGGCCGAUAUCUUCAAAACUUGGCAAGAAAUCUCUGCGAGUCACGAACCAAUUAAGCAAACUAAUUGUCUCCUGCAAACUCCAUUCCCCUUUCGCUCCUCUUUUAUUCCCUCUGGGAAGGGCCAUUCAUCGUCCAUCUGUGGCCUUACUCCCAAGUCGACCCUUGUUCUUUAGGUGUUCCCUUCAUCUGGCAACUCUGUGCAUUUGCAUACUGGGAACAGGCUCCAGCUGUUCAUCUGCCUCACUGGUGUCUGACUCCGAAGGCAGCUGAUAACUGGCAUAUGGCCCUGACCCCAUCUCUGCCUCUGAUGCAGAGCCCUCAUCAGAGCCUUCCCCAGACUCCAGGACUGGCCCAUGUUCCUCCCCAUCCUCCUCACUGUCCGAAUCUGCUGCCAGCUCCACUGUCUGCUGGUGGGCCACAACAAUAGGUCUCAGUACAAUCAAGUCGGGCUAUCUGGCUUGUUUCAAAUGUGAUCAUUCAGCCACAUUACAUUUCAGCAGUCAUCACCUUUUCUGCUUCUUAUAGUUUUAUGGCCUCCGCCCAUAAAUCACCUCCUAAUGACACCACACUAGAGUUUCCCCCAUCAGGAUCAGCCCCAUGUUUUCUGUUUUUAUUUUUCAGGCUAAUGGUGAGUGGCAUGUUAAAAGGAAAAGCUUUUUGAAGAGAACUAGAAUUCUUGAUAGGCAUGUUUGGCAUUUCAUCACCCACAAUGUGAACUCAUAUGCUCGCAGCAUCCCUGUUCAGGACCAAUAAUAUUUUGAAUUUCUAUCAUCAGUUAAGAUCUACUGUAGCAAACUACCAUAAGCAGAGCAGUACAAGUUGCCUUGGUUAUGAUACAUCUGAAUGGCCAUGAUUUAUUUAACUGCCCUGAAGUCAGCCUCACGUAAGGUCUUAACUAAGUUAGACAGGUAUAUGACAUGCCUGGACAGAAGCUAGAUUUUGCAUAAUAAGCAACAUUAUUUUUUAGUUACUGCCCUGUUACCAUAUUUACUACUUCAUCAAAGACAACAUCUCCAUGUCAUGAUCCUAAUUUGCUGACAAUAUUGUCACGGUGGGUUUGUUGACUGCAAAUAUGAAUUCAUUCAUUUAUUACACUUUCUUUGGAUUACCGUGUAACAAAACAGUCCAACAUAACUAGAAAGACUGUAUUUUUGUAUAAUGUCCUAAUAACUGAACGUGAUUGGAAGGGGGAAAAAAAACAAUCUUGGCUUAAAAACCAAAAAGAAGGUCCAACUCAAAAAUAUUAGAAAACUUGUAUACAACUUGUAUAUAUUUACUAUAUAUAAUGGUAUAUACUAUGUGAAAGACACAGUAAAAUACUGGUUCCUGUGUACUGUUCUUGUAACAUUAGAUCUUUUUAAUAAAUUAUUCUCUUUUUAUUGA